AUGCCAAGAAAGUGUGAUGACAAAGGAAGGUUCGCCAUCGCAAACUUGUAUGUAUGUAUAUUUUUCGUCCGCGGGGCCAUUGGCCCCGAAAAGUCUCCUACUAGAGCACAGGACGUGCUGAUUCUCGCUCGGAUCAUCUGCAAGGCCUUUUGGAUCGGAGCCGUAUACAUGCUCGAGCGUUUUCUGUACUCAUUACCUCCAAGAGGCACCUCUCUACUCGUAGCCAGCUCUACAGUAGUUGUCGGUGAAGCACGUCCCAUAGACAUCAAUACA